UUUUUUGUUGAAGGAAAUCCUAAGCCAUAUUGCGUUUGCGUCCACCUCCGUACGGCUCAAAGCCGUGUGGAAUCGACCGAAACUUCAAGCGUGGUGGCACCACCUGCCCGAGAGCCGUUUUCACCGUUUGCUGCGCGAUCACUACCGAUGGUGCGACCUAGAAAGUGACCAUUAGCUGUCCACCAGCGACACCGUGAUGACCUUCCAGCGAACUCUAAACACUCCCACUACACACGAGCACGCGUGCUCGGAAUGAUGAGAAGAUUUCGCAAUUUUCCAAUCGGCGUGAAAAAGCCACACGUCAUAUAAAACUGAUCGGCCGUUGAUUUUUCCAAUCAAAACCGUGUCGGGUGAGUUAGUGCGAGGAGCGUUUGGCUGCAGUGCGUGAUCCUCUAUCAAUACAUCAUGAAGGUUCUGAUAGCAGCAGUGUCUGUUCUAGCACUUGCCAGUGCUCAACAGUUGAUCGAUCCGUCGUACUACAACGAAGGUUUGGUGCAGUACAACGACUGGCAGCCCAUCGUUGGCCCGAAUGUAGUGAAUCCAUACGCCGUUCCGCAGCUCCUACCAGCUCAGCAGUAUCCAUUUGUCCAGCCUGUACCGGCCGCACAGCUUCCACCAGUUCCUGUGCCAUUCCCAGCUCAAUAUCCGCUACCGUAUGCUGGCCAGUAUCCUUUCCAGCUCCCGAUUCAGGUGCCUCAACCGCAAGUGCCUCAACAGCAACAACUGCUGCCAGGACUGGUUGUACCUCCGUACGCCAACGUACAGCAAGUCGGUGCCCCUCAAGUGCAGGUCGUACGCCACGGACUUCCACACUCGGAUGCGACAGCCGUUUCUUACUCCUCGCUAAACUACGGUAACAACAACAAUGCCCAGCCAGCGGUACUCCCAACGCCACCAGCGGUCGUCGCAGCUCCAGCGCCAUCUAGCGGUGUGAACAGCGGAUCGGCUGGCCCAGUAACGUCCGGUGCAAGUGGUGCGACAGUGGUGAAGGACAUUGCCACCUUCGGCACGGAGUAUGGUACUGGGGCGGACAAGUCACCGGUCGCGCGGUACGAGGCCAUUAACGCCGGCUCGGUACACGUUGCACCGCUGCCGGGACACACCGUCGACCAGAAGCUGAUCGCACCCGGCACCACCGAACAGAAGCUGUAGAUGGCUUCCAGCCGGUUUUAGCGCCUUUUAAUCGUACCCAUAAAUCGGUUCGUGGUUCCGUUUGCUAGCGAAAUUGAUGUUGCUGUAGUGCUGUAAACAAAUAAAGCUACAUGGUAAUAAAAUUAACAGUAAGAUGAUGAAUUCUUGAUGCAGUGGUAUCUUGGAACGAUCAUCAGGCUUGUGUGACGAAGUUGUUUGGGUGCUAUAUUUAUUUCAUGAUCGAUGUUUGAAAUGCCUAAAAG